AAGAGUAUCACUUACCCAGCUCACCCAGGAGGGCCAGCACAUAAAUGGGCAAAGCCAGGCAUGCGGGUGCCGUCCUGCCCGGCAUGCAGACCUCCGGGAGCAAGCCCUGCCCCUGCCCCAGCUUCAAGCUGCGGGAAGUGGCAUCCAUGUACUUCACCAUGAUCGCGGUGUUCCUGGUCAUCUUGGUGGUGGCCCUGCAGGGCUCGGCACCCCGCGGGAGUGAUUUUCCAUACAAGGUGCCCCUUGAUCCCCAGGGGCUGCUCGAGCUCUCCUGGAACGUCAGCUAUCCCGAGCAAGCCGUGCACUUCCAGCUCCUCAUCAGGGACCUGCAGUUCGGGCUCCUCUUUGGGAUGUCGGACAGGGGCGAGUUCGAGAACGCGGACCUGGCUGUGCUCUGGAGCGACGGGCACAAUUCCUAUUUUGGGGAUGCCUGGAGCGAUUCCAAGGGGCAGCUGCACAUGGACUCGCAGCAGGACUACCAGCUCCUCGGGGCUUGGAGGGCUCCUGAGGGGCUCUACCUCCUCUUCAGAAGAGCCUUCAGCACCUGUGACCCCAAGGACUACCUUAUAGAGGAUGGCACCGUGCACCUUAUCUAUGGGAUCCUGGAGAAACCAGUCCAUUCCCUCCAAGCCAUCAACAUCUCUGCCAUCCACAGGGGACUGCAGAGGGUGCAGCUGCUAAAGCCCAACAUCACCGUCCCUGAACUGCCCAGUGACAUGAAGACCAUGGAGAUAACGGCCCCUAAUGUUGUCAUUCCCAGCCAGGAGACAACCUACUGGUGUUACAUGGCGGAGCUCCCAGAUGGCUUCCCCAAACAUCACAUUAUCAUGUACGAGCCAGUGGUCACAGCAGGCAACGAGGCCCUGGUCCACCACAUGGAAGUGUUCCAGUGCGCUGCUGAGUUUGACAGCUUCCCCCAUUACAACGGGCCCUGCGACUCCAAGAUGAAGCCAGACCGGCUCAACUACUGCAGGCACGUGCUUGCAGCAUGGGCCAUGGGAGCACAGGCUUUCUAUUACCCCGAAGAAGCGGGUCUUGCCUUCGGUGGCCCGGGCUCCUCCAGAUAUUUGCGCCUUGAGAUUCAUUACCACAAUCCCCUGGUGUUCAAAGGUCGCCGCGACUCCUCGGGGAUCCGCCUCUACUACACGGCCACCCUGCGACGCUACGACGCUGGCAUCAUGGAGCUGGGCUUGGUCUACACGCCAGUGAUGGCCAUUCCUCCGGGUGAGGAUGCCUUUGUCCUCACAGGGUACUGCACCGACAAAUGCACCCAGUUGGCUCUGCCCACUGCCGGCAUCCGCAUCUUCGCCUCCCAGCUCCACACUCACCUGGCAGGAAGAAAAGUGGUGACAGUGCUGUCCCGGGACGGGAGAGAGCGGCAGGUCGUGAAUGCCGAUGGUCACUACAGCCCUCACUUCCAGGAGAUCCGCAUGCUGAAGAAGGUGGUUGCAGUUUUUCCAGGCGACGAACUCAUCACGACCUGCACAUACAACACGGAGGACCGGAGCCGAGUCACGGUGGGCGGGUUUGGCAUCCUGGAGGAGAUGUGCGUGAACUACGUGCACUACUACCCCCAGACACAGCUGGAGUUGUGCAAAAGCGCUGUGGAUCCAGGCUACCUGCACCGAUACUUCAACCUCGUGAACAGGUUUAACGACGAGGAGGUCUGCAUGUGCCCGCAGGUCUCCAUCCCACAGCAGUUUUUCUCAGUUCCCUGGAACACGUUCAACAGAGACGUGCUGAAAUCCCUCUACGGCUUUGCUCCGAUCUCGAUGCACUGCAACAAAUCCUCAGCCGUCCGGUUCCCGGGCGAGUGGGAGAAGCAGCCACUUCCCACCAUCACCAAGAGGCUGCAGGAGCCCGUCCCUCGCUGCCCGCCCGCCCCGGGGCCUCGGCCGGCCGCCCCCAUCCCCCUCAACCUGGGCGAGCUCAGGAAGGACUGACCCGAUGCCUGCUCUCUCCACCUCGAAGGGAAGCUCCUCCAGGCAGGAGCAUCCGCAGGCAACGUUGUCCCUGUCGCUCUCCCGGCAUCCCUGCCUGCACAGCGAUGCUGGCCGGCGCCCUGGCCCCUGCCUCUGGAGGCGGUUAGGGCUUAUGAGCUAGAGUUCAGAAAGUACUCUGGAGAUGGAAAGCGCUAUAUUUAGUGCAUUAUUAGCAAUCCUGGCUCUGAGUAAUGCUGCUUUCCGCCCCCAGAAUAAUAAUGUGGAGGUUUGCUAUUGUGUUCAACCCAGCUCGGCCCCGGGGAGGGGGGAAAAAGCCUGUUUUCCUGCAGGGAAACUGAGGCAUAGAGCAAAAACCCUGCAUGGGAGAAGCAUACAAGCCUUCCUGGUGCCCCACAGUCCCAUCUGGCUCAGGGCGGCUCCGCGGGCACUCUCCUAUGCCAGCACCCACGGCAGGGAUGGAGGCAGGGAGGGAUGCCGCGACGCCCACCCGGCGCUCGCCUCCCCGCUGCAGGGACUGCGGCUCCCCGCCGCGCUCCUCCUCCCACUCCCCCGCGCUGGGGAUUAUUUGUCUUGACGCCACCAGAUGCCAAUGGCCAGGAACAAAUGAUACCUCUGUGAUGGGUUUUAGAAAGGGGGAGAGAUGGAGGGGGAGGGACAUAGGGGGAAAGACAAACCUUUGGGCAGGAAAAAAUGACUCCAUUAAAUACCUAAAUGUAAAAAAAAAAAAAAAAAGGAAAGAGAAAAAAAACCCUGCUUUUUGCUGUUGAGCUCCAGAGGGAAGAUAUUAGGGAGGAGCAGAGGAAAGGCCGGUGGAGCCCGUCCGUCCCUGGUGGGUGCCUGUCCCUCGCUGCCCUGGAGCGGGUGGGAUCCAGGGCAAGGCUGCAGCCAAAUCCUGCCCUCCCGGCCACCUCGAGUUUAAAGGAAAAUCUUAGGUCAGAGCACUGUGGAUCAGAAAGGUAUUUUUGAAGCAAAACAUUAUCUUCCUGGCACACAGUGGAUCCCUGGUUCGGCAGGGAGGCAGCGUGCUCAGUCCUGCAUUUAUCCCCAGGACAAACGGAGAGGACGGCGGCCACUCCCUCUGCCCUCCGCCUGGCCAGAAUCAGGGAGCGCACUCACCUCCUAUUCAGCGAAAAAUUCAUCCCAAUCUUGUUUUUUAAUGUCUCUAGUAAAACCAAAGCACUUGAGAGUUCAGACUCUUGCCCAUGGCGCUUGUUGCAUGAGGCUAAGGAAUUGAAAUCGGCUCUAA